AUGACUGACGCUCAGGGUCCUCAUCCUCAACAGGCGUUGAUCUCCAGCGAGGUCACCAUCGAGCUCCGAGAUGACUGCACCAUUUCGCGCUUGAUGCGGGACAAUGUCUCUCAUACGGCCCCCGACAAAGUCAUCCUCGAAGACAUGCUCACCGACAAAGUCGUCACGUACGGAGGCUUCCAUGACCAAGUGCGCAGGUUGGCAGCGGGGUUGCAGCACAGGGCCGGUCUCCGGACCGACGAUGUGGUGUCGGUGGUGGGACCCAGCUGUGUCGAUUAUGCCCUAAUUGCACAUGCCGUCUGGCUCGCGGGCGGCACACUCAGCCUGAUCAACAACAGCUCCAGCACUUCAGAGUUGGUCCAUGCUUUCAACUUGGUCAAGCCAUCUAUGUUGGUGGUAGGGCACCAGGACGUCGCCAAGGUGGCGGCAGCCUUGAGACAGACCGAUCUGAGGACUGCCGAUGACCGAAUCCCGCGAAUUUGGACAUUUGUGUCGAGGGUGCCAGGAUUCCAAUUGAUUCCCGAUGACCUGGAGGUGUCUGUAACAGACGAAGUCCGGAAUAGAAAGGUCGAGGACGAAUCUUUCGCCGGGCUCGAGCUGGACCCUCGCAAACACUGCGCAUUAAUCGUCCUUUCCAGUGGCACUUCUGGGUUGCCGAAGGCGGUGAUGCUGUCGCACUACAACCUGGUGUCCUCGUCUCUCCAGUUACGGGCACAUCGGCCUGAAAACUGGAACGGUUCAAUGCGAGAGGUCUUUUUCCCGCCUCUUUCUCACGUGUACGGCGUUUACGUGGUCCUCACCAUGUGCCCUUGGAUUGGUUCCUAUGUAGCCAUCAUGCCGAGGUUUGACUUGAAGCAAUAUCUUACACUAGUUCAGGACCGCAAAGCCACUUUGGCUCGUCUGGUCCCUUCCAUUGCCCGAACCCUAGUCGAUUCACCCUUGGUCAAGGAGCUCAGCUUUCCCGACCUGAGAUAUUUCUCUUGUUCAGCUGCUCCUCUUACUGUCAGUAACAUCUUUAUCCCCAAAAGACUUGGUGAUAUGUCUUUGGGCUCCUCCUACGGCUGCACGGAAUUGACCGGACCCAUAUCGCAGUCGUCCGUUCGAGACACCAACCAUCCCCUCACGGGGGUUGGUUCUCUCAUCGCCAAUGUGACGGUACGCCUAGUGGAUGAAUCGGGUCGGACUGUAGACCGUGGCUCCAGAGGUGAGAUCUGGGUGACAAGUCCCGCAGUGAUGAUGGGCUAUAAGGACAACGCGGAGGCGACGGCGCAGAGCUUUUCGGCCGAUGGCUGGUUCCGGACUGGUGAUGUUGGGAUCGUGGACGCCGAGGGAUGCCUAUCGAUUGUCGACCGAACCAAAGACCUAAUCAAGUACAACGGCUUCCAGAUCUCUCCGACUGAACUAGAGAAUAUCAUCCUUCAGUAUCCCGACGUGGCUGAGGUCUGUGUGGUGCGUCGUUGGAUCGAUAAAGACACUGAGGUCCCCUGUGCCUUUGUCGUGGUCCAAACGGGCGUUAUCCCGUCGCCAACCAUUGGUGAGAAAAUUUCGGCGUUUCUGGCCACCCAGACCGCAAGCUAUAAGCGACUGAGGGGUGGAGUGACCUUUGUGCCUUCGCUGCCACGAAAUUCAAAUGGCAAGAUUGUACGAAACCAGAUUCAGCAGAUGGUGAAGAGCCUAGAAAAUCCGUCCGGCAAGGCACACAUAUAG